AUGGAUGUGAUAAAGGCUGCAGCUGAGAAAGGAGACCUCGCAGCAGCAGCUGCAAAGGCACAGGAGAUCCUAGAUGAGAAAGAAAAGAUCCAGCUCCACAUCGCCGUAACAGGGGACUCAGGUGUUGGAAAAUCUUCUUUCAUCAAUGCUGUGCGUAGCCUGGAGGACCAUGAGCAGGGUGCAGCUGAGACAGGAGUGACGGAGACAACAUUUAUAUGCACCCCUUAUAUUCACCCUGAUUAUUCUAAUGUGACCUUCUGGGACCUGCCUGGCAUUGGAACUCCCAAUUUCACACCAGACACCUACCUUCAGAAGGUGAAUUUCAACCGCUAGGACUUCUUCAUCAUCAUCUCCUCUGGCCGCUUCUCACACAAUGCAGCCAUUCUUGCAAAGGCCAUUCAGGCUCAGGGGAAGCGUUUCUACUUUGUGAGCUCCAAGGUGGAUCAGGAUGUGAGCAAUGAGCGAAGAUUCUACGAUGAGGAGGGAAUCCUGAAGGUUAAAGAGAAUGAAGCUACUGGGAGCCGGCCACAGCAGUAUGAUGAGAGGGCUAUUCUGUAUAAGAUCAGGCAGGACUGUGAAAAGAACCUGGAACGUCUGAGUAUAAGCUCCCCUCGAGUCUUUCUUGUCUGCAGGGAUGGUUUUAGCUUCAAGUUUGAUGGUCCCAGACUGUUGCAAACCUUCCUGGAGGAUCUGCCAAGUGAGAAGAAACUCACCUUCCUACGGGCCCUGGCCAAUAAUUCUAAGGAGGUGCUGAGGAAGAAGAAGAAUGAGUUGAUGAAGGAUGUCUUGCUGAAAAGUCUAGCGUCAGCUGGAGGUGCUGCUCUUCCCGUCCCUGGUCUCUCUUUUGGUGUUGAUGUUGCAGUCCUGGUGAGAUCCCUUCAAGAGUAUUGCCGGGUCUUAGGCCUGGCUGAGGAAUCCCUGCAGAAACUAGCAAGGCAGGUAAACAAGCCUGUGGAGGAGCUGAAGGCUGUCAUAAAGUCCCCCCUGCUCGAUGAAAUAUCCAAGGAUCUUGUAAUUAAGCUGUUGACCAAGAGCUUGGGAAGUGGUGCAAAAUAUUCUCUGCUUCUCAUGAAAAAUGUUUUUGCAUUGUUGCCAGUGAUUGGCUCCAUGGUGUCUGCAGGAAUUUCUUUCCCCUGCACAUACCUUAUGUUGAAGAAUUUUCUCUCUGAUGCAGCUGAUGAUGCUGAACGCGUUCUGCAGAAGGCUUUAGAGGGGACAACUCAGAAAUGA